GCCGGGCGGCGGCCGGGUGGCCCGGCCGCAGGCGCUGGCCCGGGAGUCCCGCGCCGCGAGCCGCCGCGAGCCGCAGUCCCAGGCCGCAGCAUGUUGCGCGCCGCCGCGCUCGCCGCCACCCGCCUCGGGCCCCGUCCGGGCUGUCGCCUGCUCUCCGCAGCCGCUACCCACGCGGUGCCGGCCCCCAACCAGCAGCCCGAGGUCCUCUGCAACCAGAUCUUCAUAAACAAUGAGUGGCAUGAUGCUGUCAGCAAGAAAACAUUCCCCACUGUCAAUCCCUCCACUGGAGAGGCCAUCUGUCAGGUAGCAGAAGGGAAUAAGGAAGAUGUAGACAAGGCCGUGAAGGCUGCCCGGGCCGCCUUCCAGCUGGGCUCGCCCUGGCGACGCAUGGACGCCUCUGACAGGGGCCGGCUGCUCUACCGCCUGGCUGAUCUGAUCGAACGGGACCGGACCUACCUGGCGGCCUUGGAGACCCUGGACAAUGGCAAACCCUAUGUCAUCUCCUACCUGGUAGAUUUGGACAUGGUCUUGAAAUGUUUCCGGUAUUAUGCCGGCUGGGCUGAUAAGUACCAUGGGAAAACCAUUCCCAUGGAUGGCGACUUCUUCAGCUACACCCGCCAUGAGCCCGUGGGGGUGUGCGGGCAGAUCAUUCCCUGGAACUUCCCGCUCCUGAUGCAAGCGUGGAAGCUGGGCCCCGCCUUGGCGACCGGAAAUGUGGUCGUGAUGAAGGUUGCUGAGCAGACGCCACUCACCGCCCUCUACGUGGCCAACUUGAUCAAGGAGGCCGGCUUCCCGCCUGGUGUGGUCAAUAUUGUUCCUGGAUUUGGCCCCACGGCUGGGGCUGCCAUUGCCUCCCACGAGGAUGUGGACAAAGUGGCAUUCACAGGGUCCACUGAGGUUGGCCACCUCAUCCAGGUUGCUGCGGGGAACAGCAACCUCAAGAGAGUGACCCUGGAGCUGGGGGGAAAGAGCCCCAACAUCAUCAUGUCGGACGCUGAUAUGGACUGGGCAGUGGAACAGGCCCACUUUGCCCUGUUCUUCAACCAGGGCCAGUGCUGUUGCGCCGGCUCCCGAACCUUCGUGCAGGAGGACAUUUACUCGGAGUUCGUGGAGCGCAGCGUUGCCCGGGCCAAGUCUCGGGUGGUGGGGAACCCUUUUGACAGCCGGACGGAGCAGGGGCCGCAGGUGGAUGAAACUCAGUUCAAGAAGAUCCUCGGCUAUAUCCAGUCAGGGAAGCAAGAGGGGGCGAAGCUGCUGUGUGGUGGGGGUGCUGCUGCUGAGCGCGGCUACUUCAUUCAGCCCACCGUGUUUGGAGAUGUGCAAGACGGCAUGACCAUUGCCAAGGAAGAGAUCUUUGGGCCAGUGAUGCAGAUCCUGAAGUUCAAGACCAUAGAGGAAGUCGUCGGGAGAGCCAACAAUUCCAAGUAUGGACUGGCUGCAGCUGUCUUCACAAAAGACCUGGACAAGGCCAAUUACCUGUCCCAAGCCCUUCAAGCUGGCACUGUGUGGGUCAACUGCUAUGAUGUGUUUGGGGCCCAGUCCCCGUUUGGCGGCUACAAGAUGUCAGGCAGUGGCCGGGAACUGGGCGAGUACGGCCUGCAGGCGUACACCGAAGUGAAGACGGUCACAGUCAAAGUUCCUCAGAAGAAUUCAUGAAGAACCAUCCAGCUUCCUUCCUCAUCCAGUGCCGGAGAGUCCCUGAGAUCAGCAAGAUUUCCAAGAACGACCCAGGCACAUGAAAGGCUCAGAGGAAAAACACCUCCCAGGAAAUCUCUCCAGUCAAAAAAGUCCCAGAAUUCAAACUGAUAAACAGGGUGGGCUGGUGGGGUGCGGCAUCUGCAGAAAGCCUGUUUUAAACUUUAACAGUACUGCUGGCUUUGAGGGUGAUUGCUUACAAAACCAGGUUCAUGUGUUUUACCUUCUGUCUCUAAUACACUUCUGUAACUUGCAUUUGGGAAGAAAAAGUGAACUACUAGCACCCUGCUUUGUAUCGCAGACUAAAACUCAUUAAAAACUGAACUACUUUC